GGUAAUGUGUUUUACUGUUUACAUAUUUUUUGUGUGUUUUCUAUAAGUUUUGACUUUGUUUACAAUUUUGUUGUUAUUUUAUGUAAAUAUUUUUAUAUUUUUAUUUAAGUUUAUGCUUCACAAUAAGUUUUAUAUAUGUUUUGUAGGGUGAUAAUGAUGAUGUUCCAAGUUUUGAUAUAAUGGGUUUUCUUUCAUCUCAGCCCGAUGCUAAUGCUGAUAAAGAGAAGAGGAAAAAACAAGAUGAAGAUGAUCAUGCUAAGUUUAAAGAUUUAAAUAAGAAAUCAAAAGAUGAUGAAGAUGAUGGUGAUGACCAGGGUAUGGGUGGUGAUGCUGUUUCUUCUAUUGUCAAGGAAGUUAUAAAGGGAAUUAAUGAGGGUGAUGACAAAUCUAAAAAAGGUGGAUCAGUUACCAAGGAUGAUGUUGGUGGUGAAGCAAGAAAAAAUAUGGUUGAUUCAUCUGCAAUUGAUGUUGUUGUGGCUGGUGUCAUUGGGUCUCCUAACUUGUUUGAUAGUCAAGGUACAGAAGAUAGUAUUACUUUGUCAGCCAUGGAGAUCAUUAAUGAAAAAAUUGAAACCAUUGAAGGAAGCCUGAAAAAGGAAAAGAAUUUAGAAGCUAAUUCUUAUGAGUUUGCAAAGAGGGUUCCCAAUAUUGGAUCUGCAUUGAGGAGUCCAUUUACAUCUGAUUUUGGUUCUAUUGGGAGUAGUAGUAAACCAAAGGGAGAACAAUCUAAGUUGCUUGCUUUUUCUUCAGUUGCACUUGACCGUAUUGAUGAUCUUCAGUCUAAACUUUUUGAGCAGUGGUUUAAGGUCGGUUUCAAUGAUAGGAACAAGAUUAAAAAGUUUAAAGAACGUGAUAGGAAAUUGAAAGUCCCGUUGGAUUUUGCAAUUAUGAAGAUUGAUGAUAAGAUGUGGUUUUAUGAUUUGCUGACUCCUGGAAGAAAUUUGUCAUGCUCGCAUUUGGAUGUUUGUUUUUACUACUUGAGAAAGGAGAUAAAGUACAAUGAGAGUGUAAACUCUUUUGUUAAUACCACUGAUUGUUUCUUUGCCUUUUGCCUUUGCAUUUUUGAGAUGUAUAAUGAGUUUGUUAAGAAUGAUUGUGACAUUGAAUCUGUUAAGAAGGACAGCAAAGCUUCUGCAUACGUAGCUGGUUUUGGUAUGUAUUGCAGUAGAAAAUGGAUUGAAUUAGAUAAUGUCUUAAUGCUAUUAAUCUGA